AGAAGGCGGUGUUGGCCCAACAACAUGGCGGGCAGUGUGCAGCUAUUAUGCUUGGCAACCAACAGUGGCGUGCCCCUGUACUGCAGGAGCAAGGGAGAGAGCAGGCAGCUCCCAUUCUCUGUGAUUGGUUCCCUAAAUGGCGUGCACAUGUUCGGGAGCAACCAGGACGUUCUGCUGACUAGCACCUGCACUGACAACACCAGAGUCUGUUGGAGAGUCUUCCGGGACAGCAUCACACUCAUCGUCAUGAGCUCUGAGGAAGAUGCCAGUGACCUUUACCUCAGCCGCCUGUUAGACAACGUGUUCGGUGCCAUGGUCCUGGUGAUUGGCUUGGACGAUCUGGUGAACCUCAAGAACGUGGAGCGAUUGAAGCGGGAACUGCGGGCCUGUUACAAGUUGAUUGACAGUCUGCUGACUGCGUCAGAUUGGAUUGGAGACCUGACACUAUGUGUGGAUUGUAUAGUGUCUCCCGAUGCAGCAAUACUGCAGGAAGCACUGGAAGUAUUUGUGGCUGCGGCUCAGAGCAACUUUGGGUGCCUGAUGGUCAUGGGCAAAGUGGUCGUGGCCACGGAGAAGUGGUGGCGACUGGCCGCCCAGGAGGUGGUUCUGUUGACGUGGCUGGUUGGAUCGCUGGCACCAAACUCAUCACGGGACUACCCCAUCUACUUGCCACAAGGCAGCCCUACUGUACCACACAGGCUGCUGACCUUUCAGUUGGUCCCUGGAGUGGACGUGUGCUUGCUGUGUGGACCAACUCCAUCUUUGCAGCAAGUUCAGACAGAGUUAGUGGAACGGUUCUGGAACCCAGUGCUUGAACCUUUAAAAACAUGCCUCAGCUUACAUCAGUGUACUUUCCCCAUCUGCAUUCCUUUACACCACAGCAUUAUUGGCCUUCUGCUAAUAAACAGGGAACAGAACAAGAAUCUAUUCACCUUGCAGCCCCAUGGUGUGGAAAGCAGCCAGCUGCCGGCAACAGUACUCAGUCCUGAGAGGCGCAGAUCAGUUCUGCGGCAAUUUUACACCCUGGCCGUCUCUGCGUACUUCCCAGCUGAAGCAAGUGAGGACAAACCUGCAGUUCUCCUCGAGGAAUUCCACGCCGGCUUCACCCACUCGCCGACAGAGUGCUACGUUGCCGCCGACGACCACAAGAGCUACGGCAUCCAGACCCGCCAGCACCAGCUGCUGCUGACCUUCACGCCCGAGACCCCCACCUUCACCCUGCGCAACAUCGCCACCAAAACGCUCAACCUGUUAACGAAAGAAGUGCCGUUCUGAGCCAACUGGGGUCGCGGUAGCCGCCCCCCCCUCCCCCCUAAGGCGAGGGGUGAAGCAGCUGGUGACCAUGUUCCAGUUCACUCCACACCGCUACCUGGGAGGCUUCAUCCCAGGCAUGGUGGCCGUCGGAGUUACCCAGCUGGUGCUCCCUCCCGGCUCUCUGGACUGUGCUCAACGAUGCUUGUGGUGCAUCACCAGGCCCAGGAGUGGCCACGGUGAGUACUUGUUUAUCCAUGUCCAUGUUUCAGGCCGUCCAGUGGUAGGCCUGAAACCAGCCCUGCGAGUGGAACAGUGCCCUGCUGAGCUAUGAUCUGCCACAUGCUCUCGAAGGAGAGAAGAUGGGCGCUGGGGUGUGGCCGCACGGUGGCUCAGAGGUAGAGUCGCUGCCUCACAGCGCCAGGGACUUGUGUUCGAUCCUGACUACCGGGUGCUAUCUGUACACAGAGUUUGUACGUUCUCUCUGUGACUGCAUGGGUUUUCUCCGGGCGCUCUGGUUUCCUCCCACAUUCCAACGAUGUAUUGGGUGGUUGGCUUUGUUAAGAAUUGUAAAUUGUCCCCAGUGUGUAGGAUAGUGAAAGUGUACGAGGGGAUCGCUGGUCGGCUGAAGGGCCCGUUUCUGCGCUGUACCUCCAAUGUCUGAAGUUCUCUAGCGACAUCAUGUUCGCGUCACGUGAUGCGCGCAAGGUGUGCAUUACCCGUGCCUGGUUCACGGUGCCCCAGGGUUUUGGUAUUUGCAAAAUCUUCACGCACCAUCUGCGUGACGCGCAAAUGGGACAGGCCCUUAAGCUACACAAGUUUCUUGAAGUCUUUGCUGUUGCGCUGUUCUUUAACACUGAACUAGUCAAUACAUCAACAGGACCUUAAUGUUUUAGCCUGUUUUCACAACAUCAGUUGUUGUUAUCUUGCUGUUUCAUGCCACCAUUUAUUUUCGGACACCAACCCGCAGAACCCAGAUGUAAUCAACGCAUCUUUGAACCACACACCAACGAGCCACUCCCUGACAUAGACAAUAGGUGCAGGAGUAGGCCAUUCGGCCCUUCGAGCCUGCACCGCCAUUCAAUAUGAUCAUGGCUGAUCAUCCAACUCAGUAUCCCAUCCCUGCCUUCUCUCCAUACCCCCUGAUCCCUUUAGCCACAAGGGCCACAUCUAACUCCCUCUUAAAUAUAGCCAAUGAACUGGCCUCAACUACCUUCUUUGGCAGAGAAUUCCACAGAUUCACCACCCUCUGUGUGAAAAAUGUUUUUCUCAUCUCGGUCCUAAAAGAUUUCCCCACCUCGGUCCUAAAAGAUGACCAUCACGUUUAACAUCACAGGCUUUUGCAAGAGCCUUUGUUGUCAGAGCUGAGCCAGAACAGUUGGGAUGAGCUAGUAUUUGUCAUGACCGUGUUUGUCGUCCAUCAUGGAAUGAUAUAUAAAUGAUACAACUUAUCCAUUUGUCUGUCACCUUGUCUACGUUCUCCAGCCAAAAGAGGCUUGUCUUGUCAAUGUCACAAGUGAUAGGAGCAGAAUUAGGCCAUUCGGCCCAUUAAGUCUACUACCCCAUUCAAUCAUGGCUGAUCUAUCUCUCCCUCCUAACCCCAUUCUCCCUGCCUUCUCCCCAUAACCCCUGACACCCGUACUGAUCAUAAAUCUAUCUAUCUCUGUCUUAAAAAUAUCGAUUGAUGGCCUCCACAGCUGUCUGUGGCAAUGAAUUCCACAGAUUCAUCACCCUCUGACUAAAGAGGGUCUGACUGAUGCCCCCAAUAUAGAUUGAAACAAGAAUCCAUUCAAACCAUUCCCCUCUCCCCCCCCCAGCCCCAGCCCCAAAGCCAUUUUCCCUCCUCUGUGUUUUUCUAUUUCCCCCUCAAACCCAAGGGCUUCUAUGAUAUGUUCUGUAUUCAUGCCUUCUAUGUUCUGUUGUGCUGAAGCAAAGCAAGAAUUUCAUUGUCCUAUCUGGGACACAUGACAAUAAACUCUCUUGAAUCUUGAGGGUAUUUUCUGUCACCCUUGCAGGCAGUGGAUUUCCAAUCCAGAAGUUCUCUCUGUAACCAAAAACUCUUCCUGGCUUCUUACCUCCUUGUAUCUUUUACUGCCACUUUGAGCCUCUGGUCCAACUGAGCGAUUUUUCUAUUUAUCCCUCUCGCCAAGCUCCAGUACCCAUCAAAUCUCCUUUCAACCUUUGUUGGAAGUGAUAUAACCCCGGGCUAAUCCAGAGGAAGUGUCUUUUCUUGUCCCCUGCUGUGGAACCAGGAGCCAUUGAUGAAUGAGGUGCUAGAUUAAGCAGCAUUGCCUCGAUUCACCUCGUACAUGAACUGAUCUGUUCUGUAUUCAUGUCUACUAUAUUCUGUUGUGCUGAAGCAAAGCAAGAAUUUAAUUGUCCUAUCUGGGACACAUGACAAUAAACUCUGACUUGAAACUCCCAAUUCUGAUUUUUCCAUGACACAACCUACUAAAUCUAACUAAAGAUCCCACACCAUUAAUUUUCUGCUUUCCCCUCAACACAAGUAGUGGGCUGCACCGAUGUACAGGAAAUGGUAUGUGCGUCUUUUCCUGAACGACUGUGUUAUCAAAGACUUGCUGCAUUAUCUGUGCAGUAAGAUGCAGUAAAUCAGCUGCAGUCAAUCGAAAGUUACAGCAGAGAGGGUCAUUUCAGGCCACCUUGUUUCUGCUGCUCAAAAACAAGUGCUACAAAAAUCACUCCCACAUCUUCAGCCACAGGGUUCUUCAAAGUUCAUAACGUGAUGUUUCAAACACCGUGAGGGUUCCUUUUUUCACCGCACUUUGAGUAAAGACAUUUUUUUCUUAAUCACCUCCUAGUCCUUCCACAAUUUCAACUUGAAUGUCCCAAAUUGUUGUCCUCUUAAGGAAAAACCAGAUCAUUCUUCUGGGCCUCUGAUUUUAUAUAUCUAAAUUAAACCUUGGUUCAAAGUGAUCCAAAGAAUGCAAUGAGACGAGAAAAGAGACAAAGUGCUGGAGUAACUCAGCAUGUCAGGCAGCAUCCCUGGAGAACAUGGACAGCUAAUGGUUCGGGUCAGAACCCUUCUCCAGUCUGAAGAAGGGUCCCGG